GUGUCUGCUGUUUCUCGGCGGCUCGACCAGUAGGGCCGUGAUGGCGGAUGCCUGGGAAGAGAUCAGGCGGUUGGCGGCCGACUUCCAGCGGGCGCAGUUCGCCGAGGCCACGCAGAGGUUGUCAGAGCGGAACUGCAUUGAGAUUGUGACUAAAUUGAUUGCUCAGAAACAGCUAGAAGUAGUUCAUACACUUGAUGGGAAGGAAUAUGUUACUCCAGCCCAAAUUAGUAAAGAAAUGAGAGAUGAGCUACAUAUCCGAGGUGGUCGGGUAAACAUUGUUGAUCUGCAACAGGUAAUUAAUGUGGAUCUGACUCAUAUUGAAAAUAGAAUUAGUGACAUUGUUAAAUCAGAAAAGCAUGUUCAGCUAGUGUUGGGUCAGCUGAUAGAUGAAAGCUAUUUGGAUCGGUUAGCAGAAGAGGUAAAUGAUAAAUUGCAAGAAAGUGGUCAGAUAACCAUAUCAGAACUGUGUAAAACCUAUGAUCUUCCUGGAAACUUUCUCACACAGGCACUAACUCAGCGACUAGGUAGAAUUAUUAAUGGACACAUUGAUCUUGAUAACAGAGGAGUAAUAUUUACUGAAGCUUUUGUAGCUCGACAUAAAGCACGCAUCCGUGGACUGUUCAGUGCUAUUACCCGGCCUACAGCAGUGAAUUCUUUGAUAUCAAAAUAUGGAUUUCAGGAGCAGCUUCUUUACUCUGUCCUUGAAGAGCUUGUUAAUAGUGGACGCUUACGAGGCACUGUGGUUGGUGGGAGACAAGAUAAGGCAGUAUUUCUACCUGACAUUUAUUCCAGAACACAGAGUACUUGGGUGGAUUCCUUUUUCAGGCAGAAUGGCUAUCUAGAAUUCGAUGCUUUGUCCAGACUGGGAAUCCCAGAUGCUGUGAGCUACAUAAGGAAAAGAUACAGGACUACACAACUCUUAUUUUUGAAAGCAGCUUGUGUUGGUCAAGGACUUGUGGAUCAGGUGGAAGCAUCGGUAGAGGAAGCCAUCAGCUCUGGAACAUGGGUUGAUAUUGCACCUCUGCUACCUAGUUCUUUAUCAGUUGAAGAUGCUGCAAUGUUGCUUCAACAAGUGAUGAGAAGAUUCAGCAAACAGCCUUCAGCUGUAGUCUUUAGUGACACUGUUGCAGUCAGUGAAAAAUUUAUAAAUGACUGUACAGAACUCUUCAGUGAACUGAUGCACCAGAAAGCUGAAAAGGAAAUGAAAAAUAAUCCAGUUCAUUUAAUCACUGAAGAAGAUCUGAAACAAGUCUCCAUUUUAGAAAGUAGUAAUACAAGUAAAAAGGAUAAAAAAGAUGAACGAAGAAGGAAAGCAACAGAGGGCAGUGGAAGUGUGAGAGGAGGAGGUGGGAGCAAUGCCAGAGAGUACAAAAUUAAAAAAACCAAGAAGAAAGGAAGAAAAGAUGAUGAUAGUGACGAUGAGUCAUCUCACACUGGAAAGAAGAAGCCAGAGAUCACUUUUAUGUUCCAAGAUGAGAUUGAAGAUUUUUUAAGAAAACGCAUACAAGAUGCGCCUGAGGAGUUUCUUUCUGAACUAGCUGAGUACUUAAUAAAACCUCUUAAUAAAAUUUACCUUGAGGUGGUACGUUCAGUAUUCAUGUCUUCAACAACUGCCUCUGGAACUGGCAGAAAGCGCACAAUCAAGGACUUGCAAGAAGAGGUUUCAAACCUAUACAAUAAUAUUCGAUUAUUUGAAAAAGGGAUGAAGUUCUUUACAGAUGAUACCCAGACUGCCCUUACCAAGCACUUGCUAAAGACAGUCUGUACUGAUGUCACUAAUCUCAUUUUCAACUUCUUAGCUUCGGAUUUAAUGAUGGCAGUUGACGAUCCUGCAGCCAUUACAAGUGAAGUAAGAAAAAAAAUUUUGAGUAAAUUAUCAGAAGAAACUAAAGUAGUCCUCACAAAACUCCAUAGCUCCUUGAAUGAAAAGAGCAUAGAAGACUUUCUUUCUUGUCUGGAUUCUGCAGCAGAAACUUGUGAUAUUAUGGUGAAAAGGGGAGACAAAAAAAGGGAAAGACAGAUUCUGUUCCAGCAUCGACAAGCACUGGCUGAACAGCUAAAAGUCACAGAAGACCCUGCUCUUAUCCUGCACCUCACAUCAGUCCUGUUGUUUCAGUCCUCAACCCACAGCAUGCUCCAUGCACCUGGAAGAUGUGUCCCACAGAUCAUCGCUCUUCUUAAGAGUAAAAUUCCAGAGGACCAGCAUACACUUUUGGUAAAGUAUCAAGGAUUGGUUGUAAAGCAUUUAGUUCAUCAGAAUAAGAAGACUGGGCAGGAAGAGGAUCCCUUGAGUGAUGAAUUAGACAAUGAAGAAGAAGAUAGCACCAGUACUACUCGUAAAGAGCUUCAAGAACUUUCUUCAUCCAUUAAAGACCUUGUUCUCAAAUCCAGGAAAUCAUCUAUGACAGAAGAGAGCCAACUAUUAUGCAGUUGGAAUCUUUAGGGAUGCUUUUACAGCUGCAGAACAUCUGAGUGACCCAUGCGUUCCUGUGUUCUAUUCUAAAACAAGAUGCUAACAAGAGUAAGAAAGAAUAAAAUUUGCUGCUAAUAGGUAUGUUAUAAUUUACCAAUGGAAUAACAAAGUGUUAUGCAAAUAUUUUUCCCUAUGGCAUUAAUCUAUUUUGCAUUUCUAAAUGUCAUUUAUUUAAUCAGUAGUCACUCUAGCAACUAAUAUUUUGUUAUGGAGAGAUUUCUAAGUGCAUUUACAUCAUUGCAAGCUUUUUAAAAAAUAAAAAUAAAAACCCUAUAAAAAAAGUAGGUAUUCUUGUUAAAACUAAUUAAAUUAAUCAAGCUAAUUAAAACUAAAAUAGUUCCUUGGAGUAAUCAUUUCAAUCUAAGCAACAAUUUAUUAUAUAUCAAAAGGAAUUUAUUUUGAAUAUAAUAGUAAAUUAAAUUCAAAUAUUAAAAAAUACUGUUGUAUAUAAUUCCUUGUGUGGCAUUUAAAAUUCUAAGUUUUAAAAUGUUUGAAUGCAAAGAUCAGUCUACCUACCUCUACUCUAAUUCUAGAUAAAGUAAUAGUAACUGAGUGGAAGGAAUUAUAUAUUUACAGACUAAUUAUUAUUAUUAAAGUUGAUAGGAAUGUAAUGUAAAUUUUAAAAUGUUUUUCAUUGACAUUUUUUUAUUAAUGUAUUUUCAGAAAAAUGAAAAUCCUCUCACCACAAACUCCAGUUAGUUUUAUGUGCUUAUUAAGCUUUCAAAAUAUUGAACACACAACAUAAUUUUUUAUUAAGUCUUUGCUUAAGGACUUUAUCAUUUGUUUCAGCAGAUACCAAAGUAAUCUUUGUUUUUGUCAAACCAGAGAGUAGUUUGUGAAAAUAAAAUAUCUUAAUUUGUGAAAAUAAAAAUGAAAGAGAUAAUGAAGCAAACAAAAAAAAUCAUUCUUAUUUUG